UUUUAAAAAGGGUCCACCACAGCAGACUGUCCUGAUAAAAUGCAUAUCAUCGUUUCCACUCACGAAUCAAAAGAGACUCUGACAGACACCAGCAGACACGACCCACAUUCCUCCUCAGGUGAAUCAUCCCGGAGGGUACCACGGUGCGGUGUAUUGAUCUGCACGGUCACUUUCUAUGUGAGCACAGUCCAUCGUAGGCGGGAGCAGCAGCGGUCAAGUCUGCUCGGUUUAGGAGGGGCCCCACAGUGUAGAGGCAGCACUGUGCCUGUGGUGCAUACCAAAUCCCAAAUACAUGCCUGCAUUUCAACUGUGUGAAGCAGCUAGUUGCAUACAGGGUCGUAUCAGGGGGAGAUCGGACAGCUUGGUGAACAGGAUCUGACUGCCGCUUCGCUGACUGCACCAGGUGGUCACGUUGCUCUGGUAAACCCCAGGAAAGAUGUCUCAUCGGAGUGGGCAAGAGGACCCAGAGCGGUACCUGUUUGUGGACCGGGCUGUGGUUUAUAACCCAGCCACACAGGCUGACUGGACAGCCAAGAAGCUGGUGUGGGUCCCUUCAGAGCGCCAUGGCUUCGAGGCAGCCAGCAUCCGAGAGGAGCGUGGCGAGGAGGUGCUGGUGGAGCUGGCCGAGAAUGGCAAGAAGGUGGUGAUCAACAAGGAUGACAUCCAGAAGAUGAACCCACCCAAGUUCAGCAAGGUGGAAGACAUGGCCGAGCUCACCUGCCUGAAUGAGGCGUCUGUGCUGCACAACUUGAAGGACCGCUACUACUCUGGACUCAUAUAUACAUACUCUGGCCUCUUCUGCGUGGUCAUCAACCCCUACAAGAACCUGCCCAUCUAUUCAGAGAACAUCAUUGAGAUGUACCGAGGGAAGAAGAGGCAUGAGAUGCCUCCACACAUCUAUGCCAUCUCUGAGUCAGCAUAUCGCUGCAUGCUUCAAGAUCGUGAGGACCAAUCAAUCCUUUGCACAGGUGAAUCAGGCGCUGGCAAGACCGAGAACACGAAGAAGGUCAUCCAGUACCUGGCCCACGUUGCCUCCUCACACAAAGGACGCAAAGACCACAACAUUCCUCCCGAAUCUCCCAAAGCAUUCAAGCUACAGGGUGAGUUGGAACGCCAGCUGCUGCAAGCCAACCCCAUCCUUGAAUCUUUUGGCAAUGCCAAGACAGUGAAAAAUGACAACUCAUCUCGCUUCGGGAAAUUCAUCAGAAUUAACUUUGACGUCACAGGCUACAUUGUCGGGGCCAAUAUUGAAACUUACCUUCUGGAGAAGUCAAGAGCCAUUAGACAGGCCAAAGAUGAGAGGACCUUCCACAUUUUCUACCGCCUGCUGGCGGGGGCUGGAGAGCAUCUCCGAACGGACCUGCUCCUUGAAGGCUUUAACAACUACCGUUUCCUGUCAAAUGGUAACAUUCCCAUCCCUGGUCAACAGGACAAAGAGAAUUUCCAGGAGACAAUGGAGGCCAUGCACAUCAUGAGCUUCUCCCAUGAUGAGAUCGUCUGUAUGUUGAAGGUGGUCUCUGCAGUGCUGCAGUUUGGCAACAUUGUCUUUAAAAAGGAGAGAAACACCGAUCAGGCCUCCAUGCCUGAGAACACAGCUGCACAGAAGCUCUGCCACCUGCUUGGAAUGAAUGUUAUGGAGUUCACCAGAGCUAUCCUCACCCCGAGGAUCAAAGUGGGCCGAGACUACGUGCAGAAGGCACAGACCAAAGAACAGGCUGACUUUGCUGUUGAAGCCCUGGCCAAGGCAACAUAUGAGCGGUUGUUCCGAUGGCUCGUCCACCGCAUUAACAAGGCCCUGGACAGGACCAAACGUCAGGGGGCAUCGUUCAUUGGCAUCCUGGACAUAGCUGGCUUUGAGAUCUUUGAGCUGAACUCAUUUGAGCAGCUUUGUAUCAACUACACCAAUGAGAAGCUGCAGCAGCUCUUCAACCACACCAUGUUCAUCCUGGAGCAGGAGGAGUACCAGAGGGAGGGCAUCGAGUGGAGCUUCAUCGACUUUGGCCUCGACCUGCAGCCCUGUAUCGACCUCAUUGAGAGGCCGACUAACCCCCCUGGUAUUCUCGCCCUGCUGGAUGAAGAGUGUUGGUUUCCCAAGGCCACCGACAAGACCUUUGUAGACAAAGUGCUGCAGGAGCAGGGCACGCACACCAAGUUUCAGAAGCCACGUCAGCUCAAGGACAAAGCUGACUUCUGCAUCAUUCACUAUGCAGGGAGGGUGGACUACAAAGCUGAUGAAUGGCUUAUGAAGAACAUGGAUCCUCUAAAUGACAAUGUGGCCACACUGCUGCACCAGUCAACCGACAAGUUUGUGGCUGAGCUCUGGAAAGAUGUUGACCGGAUCGUAGGUCUUGACCAGGUUGCAGGCAUGAAUGAGACAGCUUUCGGUGCCGCCUAUAAGACUAAGAAGGGCAUGUUCCGCACCGUGGGACAGCUGUACAAGGAGCAGUUGUCUAAGCUGAUGGCCACACUGAGGAACACCAACCCAAACUUUGUCCGCUGCAUCAUCCCCAACCAUGAAAAAAGGGCUGGUAAACUGGACCCCCACCUGGUUCUGGAUCAGCUGAGGUGUAAUGGUGUGCUGGAGGGGAUCCGUAUCUGUAGACAGGGCUUCCCCAACCGCAUCGUCUUCCAGGAGUUUAGACAGAGGUAUGAGAUCCUCACUCCUAAUGCCAUUCCCAAAGGCUUUAUGGAUGGCAAGCAGGCCUGUGAGAGAAUGAUUCAAGCCCUGGAGCUGGAUGGCAACCUGUUUCGAAUUGGCCAGAGUAAGAUCUUCUUCAGGGCUGGAGUCCUGGCCCACCUGGAGGAAGAAAGGGACCUGAAGAUCACUGAUAUCAUAAUUUACUUCCAGGCCGUCUGCCGGGGAUAUCUGGCACGCAAGGCUUUUGCUAAGAAGCAGCAGCAGCUCAGCGCUCUGAAAGUUCUUCAGAGGAACUGCGCUGCCUACUUAAAGCUGCGUCACUGGCAGUGGUGGAGACUCUUCACUAAGGUGAAGCCUCUGCUGCAGGUGACCAGACAGGAGGAGGAGAUGCAGGCUAAAGAUGAGGAGCUGGUGAAGGUGAAGGAGAAGCAGACCAAGGUGGAGGGAGAGCUGAUGGAGAUGGAGAGGAAACACCAGCAGUUAAUGGAGGAAAAGAACAUCUUAGCAGAACAGCUGCAGGCAGAGACAGAGCUGUUUGCAGAGGCCGAAGAGAUGAGAGCUCGUCUGGCCUCUAAAAAGCAAGAGCUGGAGGAGAUCCUCCAUGACCUGGAGUCCAGGCUGGAGGAGGAGGAGGAGCGGACCCAGGGCCUGCAGAGCGAGAAGAAGAAGAUGCAGUCCCAUAUCCAGGACCUGGAAGAACAGUUGGAUGAGGAGGAGGCUGCCAGGCAGAAGCUGCAGCUGGAGAAAGUGACAGCUGAAGCCAAAAUGAAGAAAUAUGAAGAGGACAUUUUGCUACUGGAGGACCAGAACUCCAAGUUCCACAAGGAAAAGAAGCUGUUGGAGGACCGAAUCAAUGAGAUGACCUCAAUGCUAGCUGAAGAGGAGGAGAAGGCCAAGAACCUGGGCAAAGUCAAGAACAAGCAGGAGAUGAUGAUGGUCGACCUGGAGGAGAGAUUGAAGAAGGAGGAGAAGACCCGUCAGGAGCUAGAGAAGGCUAAGAGGAAGCUUGAUGGGGAGACGUCUGACUUCCAGGACCAGAUAGCUGAGCUACACGCCCAGACAGAGGAGCUGAAAGUUCAACUAGCCAAGAAGGAAGAGGAGCAGCAGAUGAUGCAGACUAGGGGUGAGGACGAGGUUAGCCAGAAGAACAAUGCUCUGAAGCAGGUGAGGGAGCUGCAGGCCCAGCUGUCUGAGCUGCAGGAGGACCUCGAGUCAGAGAAGCAGGCGAGGAACAAGGCCGAGAAACUCAAGAGGGACUUGAGUGAAGAGCUUGAGGCCCUUAAAACUGAACUAGAAGACACCCUUGAUACAACUGCUGCCCAGCAGGAGCUUAGGACCAAGCGUGAACAGGAGGUUGCAGAGCUGAAGAAGGCCAUUGAAGAGGAGACUAAAAACCAUGAGGCUCAGAUUCAGGAGAUGCGACAGAGGCACGGCACAGCCUUGGAGGAGCUGUCUGAACAGCUGGAACAGGCCAAAAGGUUCAAGGCUAACCUGGAAAAGACUAAGCAGAGCCAAGAGACUGCCAACAAGGAGCUAGCCAACGAGGUCAAGAGCUUGCAGCAGGCGAAGACCGAGUCCGAACACAAGAGGAAGAAACUCGAGGCUCAGCUGCAGGAGUUCAUGGCUCGAGUCACCGAGGGAGAGAGGGCCAAAGGAGAACUGGCCGACCGCACACACAAACUGCAGACUGAGUUAGACAAUGUGUCGGCCAUGCUGGAAGAUGCAGAGAGAAAGGGGAUCAAGAUGGCCAAAGAUGUCGCUGGACUGGAGAGUCAACUACAAGACUCACAGGAGCUGCUCCAAGAGGAGACCCGUCAGAAACUAAACCUCAGCAGUCGUAUACGGCAGCUGGAGGAGGAGAAGAACGCACUGCAGGAGCAACAGGAGGAGGAUGAGGAGGCGCGUAAGAAUCUGGAGAAACAGAUGUUGACCCUACAGGCUCAGCUAUCAGAGAGCAAGAAGAAGCUGGAGGAUGAUGUUGGAACAAUAGAGGCUCUGGAGGAGGCUAAGAAGAAACUGCAGAAGGACAUGGAGCUGGCCAACCAGCGUCUGGAAGAGAAAACCAUCGCCUUUGAAAAGAUGGAGAAGACAAAAACUCGCCUACAACAGGAGCUGGAUGAUCUAACUGUAGAUUUGGAUCACCAGAGACAGAUUGUCUCCAACCUGGAGAAGAAACAGAAGAAGUUUGACCAGAUGCUGGCUGAGGAGAAGAGCAUCUCAGCUCGCUAUGCUGAAGAACGUGACCGCGCUGAAGCUGAGGCCAGAGAGAAGGAGACCAAAGCUCUGUCCAUGACCAGAGCUCUGGACGAGGCAUUGGAGGCUAAAGAGGAGCUGGAGAGGAUUAACAAGCAGCUCCGUGCUGAAAUGGAAGAUCUGAUGAGCUCGAAGGACGAUGUGGGCAAGAAUGUCCACGAGCUGGAGAAAUCCAAGCGUACUCUGGAGCAACAGCUGGAGGAGAUGAAGACUCAGCUGGAGGAGCUGGAGGAUGAGCUGCAGGCCACAGAAGAUGCCAAGCUGCGUCUGGAGGUCAACAUGCAGGCCAUGAAGGCCCAGUAUGAGAGAGACCUUCAGGGUCGGGAUGACCAGAAUGAUGAGAAGAAGAGAGCACUGGUCAAGCAGGUGCGAGAGAUGGAGGCAGAGCUGGAAGAUGAAAGGAAGCAGAGAGCUCUGGCUGUAGCUGCAAAGAAGAAACUGGAGAUGGAUUUGAAGGAUAUAGAGGGUCACAUAGAAGGAGCCAACAAGGCUCGAGAUGAAGCCAUCAAACAGCUGCGCAAGCUACAGGCCCAAAUGAAGGACUACCAGAGGGAGCUGGAAGACGCUCGAGCCUCCAGAGAUGAUAUUUUUGCCAUAUCCAAGGAGAAUGAGAAGAAACUCAAAAGUCUGGAGGCUGAGAUUGUACAGCUACAUGAGGAUCUGGCAGCGUCUGAGAGGGGACGACGCCACGCAGAGCAGGAGCGGGACGAGCUGCAAGAUGAAAUCUCAAACAGCACCUCUGGAAAGUCCGCUCUGAUGGAUGAGAAGAGGAGGCUGGAGGCUCGUAUCGCCCAGCUGGAGGAGGAGCUGGAGGAGGAGCAGGGUAACAUGGAGCUGCUCAAUGACCGCUUCAGAAAGACAACCAUGCAGGUGGACACCCUGACCACAGAGUUGAGUGCAGAGCGCAGCACAGCCCAGAAGAGCGAAAACGCUCGCCAGCAACUGGAGCGUCAAAACAAGGAGCUCCGGGCCAAGCUGGGCGAGCUGGAGGGUUCUGUGAAGAACAGGUUCAAGGCCUCCAUCACUGCCCUGGAGGCCAAGAUAGCACAGCUGGAGGAACAACUGGAGCAGGAGGCCAAGGAGCGAGCAGCAGCCAAUAAGAUUGUGAGGAGGACCGAGAAGAAGCUGAAGGAGGUCUGCAUGCAGGUGGAGGAUGAGCGUCGCCAUGCCGACCAGUUUAAAGAACAAGUGGAAAAGGCAAACUCUCGUAUGAAGCAGCUGAAGCGCCAGCUGGAGGAGGCAGAGGAGGAAGCCACAAGAGCCAACGCCUCACGGAGGAAAUUGCAGAGAGAGCUGGACGACGCCACCGAAGCCAGUGAGGGUCUGAGCCGCGAGGUCCACACACUCAAGAACCGCCUCAGACGUGGCGGCCCCAUCAGCUUCUCCUCCAGUCGCUCAGGCAGACGUCAGCUGCAGGUGGAGGGAACUUCCUUGGACCUCCUGUCUGACGACGAGCUGGAAAACAAGAUCACUGACAACAAUGCCAAUGAGACACCGGUGCCCCAGCCGGAGUAGAAGAGAAGAAGCCUUAACUUUUGCUCUCCCAUUUUACAUAUCACCCCUCAGUCCUAUACAGAAAUAACCACGACCCUCCCAGCUUGAAUAGGGACCCUCUUCUGGCCACGUCUUCAGGCCCUUGCAACCCCUGCCUGGAUAGAUCUGCGCUCUCCAAACCACACACAGCAUGAUCUAAACAAGAAAAGCCCAUAUUCCAGGCCUUUCAUCUCAACCCUAAACAUUAGCAGACACCAGCAGUUGGACCCCCAACGCUCUCUUUUAUGACCCCCCCAUAAGGUUAUAAGAAGCACUAUUUUGCCUUACCCCUCCUUGUCGAGCUGCGGGGCUCUAUAAAAGCAACUUCCAUCAAAGACUGCUUCAGUAACCCCUAAUAACACUCCCUAACCCCUUUGUGCAUAUGAUAGAAAUGCAGAGUAAAAUUCUCUGAUUGAGUUCGGCUCAUAAUUCAGUGCGUGCACGUGUCAGGAUGAGAAUUCUCCUCAGUUGGACCAGUAAUUAGCUGUUUAAAAUGCUUCCAAAUGCUAAAAUAAUAGCAUUGCAAUAUUUGAAAGGAACAGAUUGUGAUGAAUGCAAACAACCUUCUGACUUUAUUUUCUCAUUAGUCUACAACAGUAUGUACACCAUAUGACUCUGUUUAGUUAUAUUAGUUGAACUGUAACUGAAUAGUAUUUUUUCCAGUCCUUUGCCAGGAUUGUUUGCUUGCAUAUGAAUAUAGAAAUGUGACUGUAAGCUGCUUUGUUGCCUCAGUGCUACAACACAUUGCUUUUCAGUAUUGGUUUCUCAAAUGUUUGACAGUGAGUCAGUGUUGACUUGUAAUUAUUUGGUGUGAGUGCUGAAAGCAGCAAUCAUACCCAUGUUCUCUUGCUUACUUCCUACUCUUCUUCCGCCUCUUCUUCUGUGCCUUUAUCACUCACUCAAAACUCAAAACCCAUUUAUGCCACAUAUACUGUUCAUAUAUUGAACCAUGUGUAAUAUCAUGAAGGUAUUUUCAUAAAAUAUUCAUAAAUUUGCAUAUGAAAUGAGA